AUGGUUACCAAUCCCACUCUAUAUCCUCCUGAUAUUACUAUAACCAUGGUUAGCAAGACUCAUUAUUUUAGCGCAAACUGUAUGGGUAAUGAUGAAUGUCCAUUGACAUUAGAUGAUGCUGGCGGCGUUUUAGGACAUGCAUACUUUCCUGACUCUAGCGGCACCUGUAGAGAAAUCCAUUUAGAUAUAAAUGAACGCUGGUAUUUUGGAAAUAAUCCUAAUAUACCCAAAAAUCAAACUAGUUUUCUUAUGGUGUUGGUUCAUGAAAUUGGACAUGCCCUCGGCAUAGCACAUAGUGCUUCUCCGAAUGCUAUUAUGUUUGCCUUCUAUCAGCAUGAGAUUCGUGGUCUAGAUGUUGAUGAUAUAAAUGCAGUACAAUAUCUAUAUGGAAGAAAAAACAAAUAUGAUUCAAUCCCAAAGUCUACCACCGCAUCAGCAAUACCAAAAACAACAACAACUAUAAGAUCUACAACUCGUAAGCAGCCGAUCCUCAAAAAUUUGUGUGAUAUUAUUCCAGAUUUUAUGUUUUUAGCUUGCUCCAGAGUUUUCAAAUUACCGAUUAUAUAUUGCACAUGA